AUGGGACACUUUGGUGUCAAGAAGACUUACAAGGCGGUUCAUGACCAUUUCUACUGGGCGAGCCUGAUGAAAGAUGUUGAGAGGAUCUGUAGCCGAUGUGUGGUGUGCAAGAAGUCUAAGCCUAAAGCAUCACACCACGAUGGCAAGAGGAAGGUGGACACGAUCAAGAAGCUGCAUGAACAGGUCCAGGCCAACAUUAAAGCCAAGACCGAGGGCUACACACGACUUGCAGACAAGAAAAGGAAAGAAAUGAUCUUCCAGGAAGGUGAUCUUGUUUGGGUCCACUUGAGGAAGGAACGAUUCCCGGAACAAAGGAAGUCCAAACUCAUGCCCCGGGUCGAUGGUCCAUUCCAGAUUCUCAGGAAACUCCAUGACAAUGCUUACCAGCUUGAUCUUCAGGAGGGAGGGAAUGAUAGAACCCAGGACCUGGACCAGGACGUGGAGCAGACUCAGCAUGGUGACCAGGACGAUCAGAUCAGUCCAGCUGAGGGAUGUCACCUUAUGAAGCGUUAUACGGAAGGCCAUGCAAAAACGCCUAUGUGUUGGACGGAAGUGGGCGAAAGAAGAAUGUUUGGGUCACCUAUCGUUCAGGAGACCAUGAUUAAGCUGGAGACGAUUCAGGCCAACAUGAAGAAGGCUCAGGACCGCCAGAAGAAGUACGCAGACCAGUCAAGAAGAGAGGUAAUUUUUGAGAUAGGAGAUUGGGUCUAUUUGAAAGUUACUGCACAGAAAGGGAAGGACAGAUUUGGCAAGGUCGGGAAACUUUCGGUCAGGUUCAUUGGUCCGUACAAGAUCAUCGGGAAAGUUGGUGAGGUAGCUUACCGUUUGGAUCUGCCAGAGGAUAUGCGUCUACAUCAUGUAUUCCAUGUUUCCAUGCUACGGAAACAUAUACGGGAUCCAAGUACUGUUGAACCCGAGAGACUAGAGGAGUUGAGGACAAACCUUACGUAUCUGGAAGGACCAAUCAGAUUGGGAGAACGGCGCAUUCGGAAGCUAAAGAAUCGUGAGAUUGCUCAAGUGCAAGUGUUCUGGGGAAGACAAGACAGGAUUCAUGUUACUUGGGAAGAUGAAGCGCGAUUUAAAACCGAUCACCCGGAGUUCUUCUGA